GAUUUAUUUGGAACCAACUGUCCCUGAUCAGGUUGCUUACUUGUUUGGAAAAAGAAACCAUGCGUCUAUUAUUGGCAGCCUUUUGUCUAGUACUGUGUAGCCACCAGGUGUACAUGGGACGACUAAAGAUACAGGGAACCAAUUUCGUUAAGGAUGGAAAGAGAGUAUUUUUGUCCGGUGGAAACCAAGCUUGGAUAGCUUAUGGUUAUGAUUUUGGUGAUCAUAACUAUGAAUACCGAAAAGCGGAUUUUGAAAAAUAUCUUAAACUGGUUCAUGACAAUGGUGGUAAUUCCAUUCGUGUAUGGAUUCAUGUUGAAGGAGUAAUUAGUCCUCACUUUGACAGUAAUGGUUAUGUCACUGGUCUUGAUAAAGUUGGUACCUUCAUUGCCGAAUUCAAAGAAUAUUUAGCGAAGGCACAGAGUUACAAUAUCUUGAUAUUCCCUUGUUUAUGGAAUGGUGCUGUUAAACAGAAUCACGAACAUCUUCAUGGGCUUAUAGUUGAUAACGCCAAACUACAGUCAUACAUUGACAAGGCACUUAUUCCAUGGGUCAAAGCCGUUAAAGACGAACCUGCACUAGGAGGUUGGGACAUCAUGAAUGAAUUUGAAGGCGAGAUUAAACCAGGGCUACAUAGUAAUGAGCCUUGCUUCGAUACGGUAUUCUUACAGAAUUCUGGUGCCGGCUGGGCUGGUGCUACAUACUCUGCUCAACAAUUUCUGAGGUUUAUCAACUGGCAAACGGAUGCUAUAAGGCGUACAGAUCCAGAAGCUCUAGUAACAGCUGGGUCCUGGAAUGCUCGUGAUAAUACUGAUAAAAUGAAUACCCAUAAUUUAUAUAGUGAUAAAUGUUUGAUAAAAGCUGGUGGAAGAAAACAUGGUACAUUGAAUUUCUUUUCAUCUCAUUCUUAUGCCUGGCAGGGAAAAUAUGACGAAUUCGCCCCAUUUAAACAUAAAGCUUCUGAUUAUGGUUUUAAUAGACCUUUUGUUAUUGCUGAAUUUAACCAAGUCAGUGGUGCUGGUAUGGAUAUUACAGAACAAUUUGCAUGGGCGUACAAUCAAGGUUAUGGUGGAGCAUGGACAUGGCAUUUACACGCUGACGGGUCAAAUACCGAUUCCACUGCUAACCAACUUCGUGGUAUGAAAUCCGUACGAAAUAAAAACGACCAGAGUAAAGGUGGUUUGGUAGCCUUUAAAGUAUAAAUAAAACUCACUUUGUCACAU